ACGGCGUGGGCACGGGCCGGGACGCCGUGUGUAACGGAGGCUGUCGGCCGGAGAGCCAGGAGGUCCUCCCGCCCUGGUCCGAGUCCAUGACCCAGCUAAUGAAGAAACUGGACCGGCUCAACCUGGACAUCGAGGAGGCCCUGAGCUCCGGCUCCUCCCCCUCUCACACGCCCGGCGUCACCCGCAAGAGACUGCCUGACUCCGCUCCGGGGACGACAGCUCACCCAGCCCUGAAGGAGAGCAGCGCGCUUUGGACCCAGGACCCAGAAGAAUGCAGAGACCAGGAUAGCCCCCCCUCUCCCAGUCACUCUGCUGUAGGAGUACCAGCCAGUUACAGGAAGAUGGAGGUGGCGGUGAAGAUGAGCAACGAACGAGCAGAGAUCGAGGCUAAGGAGGCGUGUGAUUGGUUGAGGGCGGCAGGCUUCCCCCAGUAUGCUCAGCUCUACGAAGAUUCGCAGUUUCCCAUCGACAUAUCUCCGGUGAAAAAGGACCAUGACUUUCUCGACAAAGACCUGGUGGAACCUCUCUGCCGGCGCCUCAACACCUUGAACAAGUGCGCCUCUAUGAAACUUGACCUAAAUCUUCCGAAAAAGAAGAGCGAAGACUCGGAUGAGGAGGACGUGUUCGCCAUCAGCGACCGAUGGACCUUUGAGUGGAGCAGCCGGCGCUGGUCCCGGCUGCAGGACAUCGACUGCUUCCUGGGUCAGGUGGAGGGCCAGGGGCGGGCGGGCGGGGUCUCCCUGCGCAACGCGCCCAGCAGCGAGAGCGUGCUGACGGACCUGAGCGAGCCGGAGGUGUCGUCCCUGCACAGCGGGAGCAGCGGGGGGCGGUCCGACCCGGCCGCCAUGCCGGAGUCGGCCUCCCCGGCGCCGCCCGCGCCGCCCCACGAGUACGCCCGCUACGGCUCGCUGCCCGCCAAAACCGGCCGGCACGGCCGCGCGCGCGCCAAGGACUUCCUGCGCCGCAUGGAGGCGCUGCGCACCUGGGGCCCGUCCAGCGGGGCGGGGCCGGCCGGGCGGCGCUCGCUGGUCAUCAGCGGCCCCGUCCUGCAGCAGGGGCCCCCCGCCGUCACGACGCUGCGCUGCACGGAGAUCCUCAACGGCGGCCCGGCGGAGGCCGAGGCCCGGGGGGCCGGGGAGGGGAGCGCGCCCAGCCGGAAGGAGCGCCGGGCGCUUCGGGACCUGCACAAGCGCAGCGGCAUGUACCUGGAGGGCCUGGACGUGUUCGGGGGCGGCGGGAGCGGGAGCGGGGGCGGGGAGGGCGACGGCCUCGCUCAGGGCCGGGACGUGGCGGAGCGGAACCGCAGGAACGAGUUCCGCUCCUACGAGGACCUGGUGGUGCACGUCCCCAAGGACCACAAGCCCGGGACCUUCCCCAAGGCGCUGUCCAUCGAGAGCCUGUCGCCCACCAACGGGGCCUCCCUCAACUGGCACACGGGGGCCGGCGUGCGCCUGGCCCCGCCGCGGCCCCCCAGCGUCUGCGUGCCGCGGCCCCCGGCCCAGUGCUGCCCGCGGGGCAGCCGCGUCAGCGUCUACGACAACGUGCCCGGGUCGCACCUCUACGCCAGCACGGGCGACCUCAUGGACCUGGAGAAGGAGGACCUGUUCCCCCACCUGGACGACAUCCUGCAGCACGUCAACGGCCUGCAGCAGAUCGUGGACCACUGGUCCAAAAACGUCCUCCCGGAGGGGGAGGGCGAGGGGGAGGGGGAGGGGGAGGGGGGCGACGGGGAGGGCGAGGGGCUCACCCUGCAGUCCUCCAGUCAGAUCACGCUGGACUUCGAGGGGAACUCGGUGCUGGAGGGACAGACCACGCCCAGCGACGGGGAACGGGACGGGGUGUCCCUGAAUGAGACGGACUCCAGCGGGAUGAGGGAGAGGAGGGAUUCAGGGGUCGGGGCCUCCCUCACACGGCCCAAUCGCCUACGGUGGCCCAGCUUCCAGAUCUCCAACCGCCUCAGCCACUCCGUGGCCUCGCUGCAGAUCACCAACCAAUCAGCCAGCCAGCUCAGCCUGCUGCAGAAGUUCUCCCUGCUCCGCCUCACCGCCAUCAUGGAGAAGUACUCCAUGUCCAACAAGCACGGCUGGACCUGGUCGGUGCCGAAGUUCAUGAAGAGGAUGAAGGUGCCGGACUACAAGGAUAAGAACGUGUUCGGCGUGCCCCUGAUCGUCCACGUCCAGCGCUCGGGCCAGCCCCUGCCCCUCAGCCUGCAGCAGGCCCUCAAAUACCUGCGCAGCCAGUGCCUGGACCAGGUGGGGCUGUUCAGGAAGUCGGGAGUGAAGUCUCGCAUCCAGGCGCUGAGGCAGAUGAACGAGAGCUCGCCGGACACCGUGAGCUACGAGGACCAGUCUGCGUACGACGUGGCGGACAUGGUGAAGCAGUUCUUCAGAGACCUGCCCGAGCCCCUGCUCACCAGCAAGCUGGGGGAGACCUUCCUGCACAUCUACCAAUAUGUCCCUAAGGAGCAGAGGCUGCAGGCGGUGCAGGCGGCCAUCAUGCUGAUGUCGGAUGAGAACAGGGAGGUGCUGCAGACACUGCUCUGCUUCCUGAGUGACGUCACUUCCUCUGUGGAGGAGAACCAGAUGACGCCCAUGAACAUCGCAGUCUGCCUGGCGCCGUCUCUCUUCCACCUCAACAUCCUGAAGAAGGACAACCUGUCGCCAAGAGCCAUGCAGAAGAAGUAUUCCACCGGGCGGCCUGAUCAAAAAGACCUGAACGAGAACCUCGCAGCCACCCAGGGGCUGGCCCACAUGAUCAACGAGUGUAACCGGCUCUUUGAGAUCCCCCACGAGAUGGUGACGCAGUCGCGGAACUCGUACGUGGACGCAGACCUCCACCCCCCCACGCUGGAGGAGCUGUGUAAACAGCUGGAGGAGGACGACGGGGCCUACCACACCCACGCAGACGGGCCGGGGGCCUACCACACCCACGCAGACGGGCCGGGGGCCUACCACACACACACAGACGGCCUGGUGCAGAGGCUGCUGAAGGAGGCCCGAGACAAGUCCAAGGGCUGGGCGUCCUGCUCCAGCACCGACAACACGGAGCUGUCCUACAAGAAGGUGGGCGACGGUAACCCCCUGCGGCGCUGGCGGGUGCUGGUGGAGGUGGAGGCCCCCCCCUCGGUGGUGCUGAACCGCGUGCUGAGGGAGCGCCACCUGUGGGACGUGGACCUGCUGCAGUGGAAGGUUCUGGAGACGCUGGACAAGCAGACCGAGGUGUACCAGUACGUGCUGAACCGCAUGCCGCCCCACCCCAGCCGCGACUUCCUGGUGCUCAGGUCGUGGCGGACGGACCUGCCCCGGGGCACGUGUGCGCUGGUGUCCGUGUCCGUGGACCAGGAGGAUGCCCCGCCGCUGGGCGGGGUCAGGGCCGUGGUGCUGGAGUCGCAGUACCUGCUGGAGCCCUGCGGGUCGGGGAAGUCCCGCCUCACACACAUCUGCAGGGUGGACCUGAAAGGGAGGACUCCAGAGUGGUACAAUAAGGCCUUCGGUCACCUUUGCGCAGCUGAAGCAGCAAGAAUCCGCAACUCCUUCCAGCCACUGACCUCCGAGGGUCCGGAGACCAAAAUCUGAGCCCAGCCCCCCCCCCCC